UGUAACUUUUGGAAAAUAGUGUAAAAAGAUGGAGCUACAGGUGGAAAACCAAAGUCAGCCUUUCAACACCAACACUGUGAGGCUGCCAGCUAAACCUAUCCUGGAGAUGGGUGUAGAUAACUUUAUUUCUCUCCUGAUAUUUGGACUUAUUUUCAUCCUCGGUGUGCUUGGGAACACCAUGGUGAUCACGGUGCUGGCGCGCAGCAAACCGGGACAACCGAGGAGCACAACCAACAUCUUCAUCCUCAACCUGAGCGUGGCGGACCUGUCCUACCUCCUCUUCUGCGUCCCCUUCCAGUCCACCAUCUACAUGCUGCCCACAUGGGUGCUGGGAGCGUUCAUCUGCAAGUUCAUUCAUUAUUUCUUCACUGUGUCCAUGCUGGUCAGUAUUUUCACCUUGUCCGCGAUGUCCGUGGACCGCUACGUGGCCAUCGUCCACGCCAGGAAAUCCUCGUCGAUCCGGGUGGGGAGGCACGCCAUGCUCGGAGUGGUGCUCAUCUGGAUCCUGUCUUUGGUCAUGGCAGCGCCCGUUGCGCACUACCAGAGCAUCGUGGAGAGGGAGGACAACAACACCUUUUGCUGGGAGGUUUGGCCGGAUCACCAGAGGAAAGUUUACGUGAUGUGCACUUUUGUUUUCGGAUACCUCCUGCCACUCACUUUGAUCUCUGUCUGCUAUGCAAAGGUUUUAAACCAUCUGCGCAAAAAGCUGAAGAAUGUCUCCAAAAAAUCAGAGCUCUCCAAAAGGAAGACUGCUCAGACCGUCCUGGUGGUGGUCGUGGUCUUCUGUCUGUCGUGGUUGCCUCACCAUAUCGUCCACCUGUGGGUGGAGUUUGGCACUUUCCCCCUGAACCAGGCCUCCUUUGUCUUCAGGAUGCUGGCUCACUGCUUGGCCUACAGCAACUCCUCUGUCAACCCCAUCAUCUACGCCUUCUUGUCGGAGAACUUCAGGAAGUCCUACAAGCAGGUUUUCUGGUGCCGGCUGCCCAGCAAGUGUCCUGUGAACGACACCAGGGAGCUCCGCAGCAGGAUGGAGACGGCACCGUCCACUAACAUCAGUGUGGCUUAUAAAGGUCAUGAGUCUCAGAUCAGUAAAAUGCUUUGA